GUAUUAUUUUCUUGUGGUGCGCGGAAGUGUUCUUUAAUAGUUCGAGUAAAAUUUAUUGCGCGCGGAUAAAAAAAAAUAAACAUUGUCAGAUUAGUAUCUGACACUAAUAGUAAAUAAAUUUGAACGACUCCGCGCUUAUAGAAAGGCGGUAGCCCAUCAACAGAAAAAUGCAGUCGCAUAGCAAAAAGCGCGUUUGCUAUUAUUACGACAGUGAUAUUGGCAACUAUUACUAUGGACAGGGACAUCCGAUGAAGCCACACCGCAUACGCAUGACACACAAUCUGCUGCUCAACUAUGGGCUCUAUCGCAAGAUGGAAAUUUACCGGCCACACAAAGCCACUGCCGAUGAGAUGACCAAAUUUCAUUCCGAUGAAUACGUGCGUUUCCUGCGUUCCAUUCGCCCGGACAACAUGACCGAAUAUAACAAACAAAUGCAACGCUUCAACGUAGGCGAAGAUUGUCCCGUCUUCGACGGUCUCUACGAGUUCUGUCAACUCUCUGCCGGCGGCUCAGUUGCUGCUGCCGUUAAGCUAAACAAACAGGCUUCGGAGAUCUGCAUCAAUUGGGGCGGUGGACUGCAUCAUGCAAAGAAAUCCGAAGCAUCUGGUUUCUGCUAUGUGAAUGACAUUGUUCUCGGUAUUCUGGAGCUGCUGAAGUAUCAUCAGCGUGUGCUCUACAUCGACAUUGAUGUGCAUCACGGCGAUGGCGUCGAGGAGGCAUUCUAUACCACGGAUCGUGUGAUGACAGUGAGUUUCCACAAGUAUGGUGAAUACUUUCCGGGUACGGGAGAUUUGCGUGACAUUGGCGCCGGCAAGGGAAAGUAUUAUGCCGUAAAUAUCCCACUGCGCGAUGGAAUGGAUGAUGAUGCCUAUGAGAGCAUCUUUGUGCCCAUCAUCUCCAAGGUAAUGGAGACAUUCCAGCCUGCUGCUGUCGUCCUGCAAUGUGGCGCCGAUUCGCUGACUGGCGAUCGUCUGGGUUGCUUCAAUCUAACCGUAAAAGGACACGGCAAGUGUGUGGAAUUCGUGAAGAAGUAUAAUCUGCCCUUCCUAAUGGUUGGCGGCGGUGGUUACACCAUUCGAAAUGUCUCCCGCUGCUGGACAUAUGAAACCUCUGUGGCGCUGGCUGUGGAGAUUGCCAACGAGUUGCCGUACAACGAUUAUUUCGAGUACUUUGGCCCGGACUUUAAGCUGCACAUCAGUCCCAGCAAUAUGACCAAUCAGAAUACCUCCGAGUAUCUGGAGAAGAUCAAGAAUCGUCUCUUUGAAAAUCUGCGCAUGUUGCCGCAUGCGCCGGGCGUUCAAAUCCAAGCUAUACCCGAGGAUGCGAUCAACGAUGAGUCCGAGGAUGACGAGAAGGUCGACAAGGAUGAACGUUUGCCACAGAGCGACAAAGACAAACGCAUUGUUCCCGAGAACGAAUAUUCCGAUUCGGAAGAUGAAGGCGAGGGCGGCAGACGAGACAAUCGCAACUACAAGGGUCAGCGCAAACGGCCGCGUCUCGAUAAGGAUCCCAUCAUCACCAAUUCCAGCAACAAAACCUCCUCCGAAGCCUCCAGCGACAUUAAGGACGAGAAGGAGAAGGCAGAUGCCGCCGAUGGCGAAGAGACGCCGGCAGCCAAUAACAAUAGCAACAACAGCAGCAGCAAUAACAAGGGCGACAACGAUGCAAGUGCGCCAGCUGGCGGCGCCUCGGCAGCCAAGGGCGCCAAGGAGAACAACAUAUGACGUGGCGGCCGCAAUUGGUUAUAGAAACCAAUUAAGCGACCGCCCAAAUACAAGCCGCCGGAUUUUACCUAGCAUCCAGCUUCAACCUCAUCAUCCAGUCCGUGAACCUUUUUUUUUAACCGCAUUAUUGUAGUUCCUUACAAACUACUUAAGACUGUGCUGCAGUCGAUCAUCGAACCUCAUACAUUCAUUCACUCACAAAUUCAUAGCAACAUUUGGCUAGCUGGCCGAUAAAAAAACAAAAGAAUAAAAGAGCAGAAGAGCGAACUCAUAGUAAACUAAAAUCCAUUUUACUCGUAAGGCAAUUUCAUUCAGUGUAAAAGAAAUUCGUGUUUAAGCUAAGCAGAAGUUACAAUUAAAGAAUACAAAUACCACAUAAAAGAUACAGAUACAAAUGCAUCUGCGUAUGCAGAGAAUCUUACCGUUUAAGCGCGAUCCGUUUAGAUGCCGCAUAAAACUAAUUUGUAACCAAUAAAACUUUUUAAAUAUUGCCGUGUAACAAAA